CCCUUUAUACUGACACAGCUGAAAGGGUGGUGAAAGGUCUGAGAGUUUAUUAUUAUUAUUGGUGGUAAAGAGGAAAUAUGAGGUGGUAAAUGGCGACCUCUGUUGGAGAAGAGGUGCAAUGUUCACUAAAAGGCAUUGCGAUGACAGGUUUCACAGGUGAAUUAAUUAGCUGCGGAUCUUCUUUCAUGCAUUUUGCCCACACUCUCGAUCCACGCGAAAGGUUGCAGCCGUUUUCUCCGUGAUGGCUUCAGUACGUGUCGCAGUCCGAGUCCGUCCACUUAACAAAAGAGAAGAGCAGCUAUCAUCUAAGGUAGUGACUCGUUUGGAAGGAAACACUAUGUAUUUGUAUAAGCCAUCAUCGGUUCGGGUGGACGAUAAGAACGCAAAGAUAUUUACUUAUGACUUCUCGUAUGACUCAACCGACAGAGGUUCCUCAAUUGCAUCCCAGGAGAAGAUUUUCGAUGAUCUGGGGAUUGAUGUCUUAAAAGCUGCAUUUGAAGGUUUCAAUGCCUGUGUGUUUGCCUAUGGCCAAACUGGAUCAGGCAAAUCUUACACCAUGAUGGGUCAUGCAGAAGAGAGAGGUUUAAUCCCACGGAUCUGUGAAGGAUUGUGUUCCAAAAUAUCCGAAAGAAGCACGAGCAGUGCUGUGUCAUUUCGUACAGAGGUCAGCUUUAUGGAAAUCUACAAUGAACGUGUUCAUGACCUUCUUAAAAAGAGGACCGUGACCAUGGAGACUGGAGGCUUAAGAGUGAGAGAACACCCAAGGGAUGGACCAUAUGUUGAGAAUCUGUCCAAGCAUUUGGUACACAGCUACAGCAACAUGGAACAGUUGAUAGCUGCUGGGAACACCAACCGUAUCACUGCUAGCACAGGGAUGAAUGACUCCAGUAGCCGCUCGCAUGCCAUCUUCACCAUCAGCUUCACUCGGGCGUGGUUUGAUUCAGAGUUACCUCACGAGAUUCUGAGUAAGAUCCACCUGGUUGACCUGGCUGGCAGUGAGAGGACAGACACCACUCGGAUUUCAGGCAUCAGACUGAAGGAGGGCGCCAACAUCAACAAAUCCCUUGUCACCCUGGGCACCGUGAUCUCAGCUCUGGCUGAGCUCAGUGCAGGACAACCCACAACCAAAAAGAUGACCUUCAUCCCUUACAGAGACUCUGUUCUUACAUGGCUCCUUAAAGACAGUCUUGGUGGAAACUCAAAAACUACUAUGAUUGCAACCAUUUCUCCAGCUAAUGUGAACUACGUGGAGACUCUUAGUACAUUGCGUUAUGCCAAUCGUGCUCGAAACAUCAUGAACACCCCAACAGUAAAUGAAGACAGCAGUGUGAAGUUGAUAAGGGAUCUACAGUCAGAGAUUACCAGGCUCAAAAGGCGACUAGAAACCAAACAGCUUUCUCAUAAAGAGCCGUCUUCCUCACUGAAAGUAGAAGUGGAGCUGCAUCAAAAUGAAGAAAAGGUUUGUACUCUAACCAAAGAGUGGACCUGCAAAUGGGCGGAGACUCGAGGUAUUCUGCAGGAGGAGGUGGUGGCUUUGAAGAAGCAAGGGAGUGCAGUGGUUUUGGACUGCCAGUUUCCCCAUCUGAUAGGCAUUGAUGAAGACUUGCUCCGCACUGGCAUCGUUCUAUAUUAUUUGAAAGAAGGCAGAACCAUGAUACACACUAACAAAGCAUCUCACGGUUUAGAUACUGAGGAUAGUAAGCCUGGGCUUGGCGAUGUACAAUGUGUGUUUGAGAAUCAAGCUGGGACUGUGACUCUCAUCCCUCAGGAGGGUGCAAUGUGUUCAGUCAAUGGCACUGUGGUAACUCAUCCCUGUCAGAUGACUCAGGGUGCCAUCAUACACCUUGGGAGAAGAACCAUAUUACGCUUUAACCACCCCACUGAAGCUGCCUACCUCAGAGAGAAACAGCAGAGUGCACUGAUAUCGAUGAUCACCUUGUUGCCAAAAUCAAGAUCUCACAAUUUGUCCAAGAUGACAUUUGGCACUCCAAGUGAGGUUGAUCUACUUACUUCAACUGUGGGGUCCAAACUCGUGACCUGCUCUUCUACCUUUGCGGCAGCAGAUGAUUUCACAACGACUGCAGUGCCUGGAAAAGUUCCUGUCCGUCACAUUAGUUCCAAGUUGGAUGGAAGCACACAACAGAAUGGGGUAAGCACCAGGAGUGACCUGGAGCAGGAGAUAGUUCUGUGUCAUAAAUCACGGCCAGAGCUGUCGUCGGAGCACCCUUGGAGGAAAGCUGAGAAUGCAGCUGAAGUAUCAAGUUAUACAAGAGCCAAGGUGUGGUCUAGGGAUGCCAGCCUCCAGCAGACAAGUGUCCUGGGCCCAGGUGAUGAAUGUGUCAUGAAGCCAGAGGGGAAUGCUAACGAGAUCCAAGGUAUUGUGGCUCAUUGCUGCAAUGGGAGACCUGGCUCUGGUGGGAGCUCAUUAGGCAACAUGUCCCACCUUCAGCAUACAGGGGGAACUAGUUUCAUGCCUGUCCCCGCACAGACAAACACUCCUCAGUUUAAGGAAUAUUCUUCUUGCAGUCCCGGAUCCAGCUGUCGAUAUGAGGAAACAAUCUUAACGGGACAGUUGAGCUGUGGAGACAAAAAUGAUUGUGGAUCUUUUGAUGGGUCUGUAACACAGGCCAAAGUCUGUGUAGGGUCUGCAGUUCAAAGCUCAAGACUGAGUGCAUUGGUCAACAGAGUGAGUUGGAUUGUCAAAGAUGCUCGGCAUUUCCUUUGGAGCUCAUCCACAUUAAUGCAGCGCUUUGAAGAGGAAAGAAAAACACAUUUUAUGUCCCACUGGUCCAAUCAUCUAAUUUCUCUAGUCAGGGAAAGCAAGGUCAUGUCUGUAAUUGAUAGCCAAGUCCUCUCCCUAGUAAAAGGGAGUUGUGUCUUUUCAUGUUUCAAGAGUAGCGGCAUUUACCUAUAUUCAGUGGUCAAAGAAUUACCACUCAUACAACAGGUCCAAAUGGAGAUAAUGGAACACCUUUGGGCCAAUGAGCCUACUAUGAAUAUUCAGGAUUACAAUGAUCAAUUUGCUACACCAAUCCCAGUCAUGUCCCAGACAAAGAAUAUCAUUCCAGCAGAUUGGAACCUAGAUGGCCUUUAUGAGCAAGAAAUAGUUGAUGUUGAUUUAAUACAAGAAUACGAAACAAGUGCUGAGAUGUUAGCAAUGAAUGACACGAUUAUCCUUACACCCAGAGAAAAGACUAUGGCAUUAGAUAACUCUUCCACUGUGCAAAGAAAUGUGAUUAAAAGUUUUUGUCUGUCAUUGAUAGAUUUUCCUGCUGCCCUUGUGAGCCUACAAAAUCUCUCAUUGCAGCACCUAAGAACAUCGAUACAGUCAGUCCUAUCCAGCACAGUGCUGGUUUCUCAAAAGAUUGUAGCGCUCUUUUGGCUAAAUGUAGCUACAUUUAGCCAACCUGAACCCUGUCCUGCUCUACUGGUCCUCUUCGAAGCAGGUCUUUAUACAUUGACUGUAGAAUCUGGGCAGCUUGUAUUAUACCACCAGCUCCCCUUCUUGCAUUUGAAGGAGUUCCAGAUAAGCUUUUCAGGCCAUGGCUUGCGUUUGAUGGGAACUACACAGGAAAGCAUCUUGGGUCUGUACACUCACAGCGAGAAGCUUACCCAAGAGGUCUGUUGUGCAAUACUAGGAAUCAUGUUGCCUGGUGACAGCAGAGUCUCUCAGCACCCACUAUUUAAUGGUGACUGGAAGAGAGUCGGGAACAAAUUGUCAUUGGACUCACAGAUUUCUGUACCUGACCUUCAGUUGGAUGCUGGUCUGAGGGUGUGCUGCCAGUUUCAGAGGAGUCUUGCAGAUCUGGUUUAUCUUCUUUAUUGCAACAUGGAAGAAGGAACAUCAGUUACACUUGGAGAGCUGCAGCUCUUAAUGUACACAAGUGUAAAGGUCUGCCUAAGCUCCAGUAGCUGCACUGAAACGGUGACCCAACUGUUACUUACUGAUACACACAUUGGUCUGGUGCAGGAAGAUGUUGUCUUUUAUCCGACCCCACGCUCAGUCACCAUACAGCCCUGCCAUUACCAAUUCCGCAACUUGACUCUUCGUCAGCGUGCUGACGUACGCUGCAUGGUGGUACAUGAUGAAGACAAGUGCAGAAGGUUCACAAUGGAUCUAAUCUUUGCCAGUAUGAAGGCCAGAAGUCACCCUGAAAGUGUGAAAGUAGCCACACCGCCUGCACUUGCUUCUAAUUCAUCUCCACGUGCAGAGGUGUGGAAAUUAACUUUCAGUUGCUCCACUGAGGCGGCAUGCCUGAUUAGUUAUUUGUCAGAUGUCUGAACAACAACUGACAGACACUAAUGAGCUGCUCAGCUUGAAGACAUGGAGAAUUAGCAACCAGAGCAAAGGACUGUGAAUACUACACCCAAUUUUGUCUGAUUUAUUCUUUCCAUUGACGUUUUAUAUAACAUGCCUCUACCUUGUAAAAUUGUAAAGCCCUAACUUUGUUCUUCCAUCAGUUUUACCUACCACCUACUUGCUUGUUUUAUCAGAUUACAAAAUUAUCAAAUACGUGGCUGUUCCAGUUACAUUAUUUUGAUGAUUAUUGUAUUAUUAAUUUUAAGGAUUUUAGUCAUUUGAAAUUCCUGUUGUUGUGGUUAUGUGCUUGUCAAGUUGUUUUUGAUACUGAAUGUUUUAUUUAAAAUGUUUCUGUGAAUUUAUAAAUAAAGGUAACACCAAAGCUUUUGUGGACUCUAUGGAGUUUAUGAUAACCCAAUA